AUGCCGACCCUUGGCUUGGUCUCUGCGUCCUCCACUCCGUCGUCUACUCCUUCUUCUACUCCGUCCUCCACCCCGACGGGCUCCGCGGUAGCCUCCAGCCAUCACUCGUCAUCCACAUCCGUGGUGGCGGUUGGGGCAGGGGUCGGCGUCUCACUGGGAGUGUGUCUUGUCGCUGCUUUGAUAGGGCUUUUCAUACAGCGGCGAUCGUAUCAGCGGCAAUUGAAAGAGAAGGAGCAACUCAUAGCAGCGCAGGCAUCUCUUGUAUCCGCACGUGCUAGAGGGGAUAUAGCGGAGGCGGAUCAGGCGCAUAUGGGACGUUCAAUUUUGCUUCCAAGGGUGAAUCCGUACCCAAGAGAGCUGGAAGGUGGCAAGAAGGCGACUGCGUAUGAGCUAGGGGAUUCUCAUCAGUGA